AUGGCAAUGGCUCAAGAACAAUGGUCUAAUAAUAAUAGUUUUAAUGUUUGGAGAGAUGGAAAAGGUGAUGAUGAACAUGGUGGAGAAAAUUUAAAAACUCAACCUAUUUCUUUAAUUGAUGAAAUGGAUAUGGAUCAAAAUGAAGUUUUAAAUACUUAUGUUGACAAUGUUCUUAGUUCAACACCAUUAGAGAAGUACCAUCAUGGUUCACAAAUUACAUCUUUUCAAAGAGAUAUUAAAAAUAAUGAUGAGGGAAAUAAAAUUAAUGGUGUUGUUGAAGAACCAAUUACCAAAAAUGAAAGUACUGUUAAUAUUCCAUUUAAUAGUAUUGAAAAUAAUACUCCUGGUAGUGUACCUUUAGCUAGUACACCAGAUUUUUUUACAAUGAAUAUGUUAGGUGGUGUCCAAAAUGGACAUAUAUAUUUUAAUCAACCACCUAAUACUAAUGGUAUACCUUUUAGUACUACUUCUACAAAUUAUACUAUUAAUUCAUGGACAAAUGCCUUUUCUAAUUCAAUGGGUGUUCCAAUGGAUGGUAAUGUUAUGCCUAGAGAUCCAAAUACCAUUUAUUCAUCAUCACCUGCAUCUAAUGUUGGUCCAUAUAAUCAAAUACCUUAUCAUCCUGCUCAACCAAUGUUUAAUCUUACUAAUACAUUUGAUGGUAUAUCAUUAGGUGCAAAUUCUACACAUUCUGGAGAUAGAAGAAAUUCUGUAUCAUCACAAACUUCUCAUGAUUAUAUUAAUGGAUAUCAUUCAUUUUAUAAUGGUCCAACACAUAUUCAUCCUGGUAUGGGUAAUGGAAUACCACAAUAUUAUAUUGCACAACAAUCAUAUCCAAGAGGAGGAACAUUUAAUAAUAAUUAUCAACAUUCACGCCGCCAAAAUACACGUCAAUUAAAUGGUGAAGAAAAAAAAAGUAAUAGAUCAACAUUACUAGAAGACUUCCGUAAUAGUCGCAUACCUCAAUUGAGUUUAUCAGAACUGGGUAAACAAGUUGUUGAAUUUGCUCAAGACCAACAUGGAUCCCGUUUUAUUCAACAAAAACUAGAAAGAGCUAAUUUAAAAGAAAAACAAAUGGUUUUUGAUGAAGUCAUUCAACAUGCACAUAAAUUAAUGACAGAUGUCUUUGGAAAUUAUGUCAUUCAAAAAUUUUUUGAAUAUGGAACUAUUGAACAAAAAAUGCAAUUAACAGAAAAAAUUAAAGGAAAUGUUAUGGAUUUAGCUUUACAAAUGUAUGGAUGUAGAGUUAUUCAAAAAGCUUUAGAAAGUGUUGAUAAAGCUAAUCAAUUAGAAUUAUUAAGAGAAAUGAAAGGUGAGGUAUUAAAAUGUGUUAAAGAUCAAAAUGGUAAUCAUGUUGUACAAAAAGUAAUUGAAAAAGUUAAUCCUAAAGAUUUACAAUUUAUUAUUGAUGCUUUUACAAAAAAUAAAGAAGAAACUGUUGUAACACUUUCUGCUCAUCCAUAUGGUUGUAGAGUUAUUCAAAGAGUUUUGGAACAUUGUACUGAAGCACAAAAAAGACCUAUUCUUGAACAACUUUUAGAAAAUGUUGAAACAUUAAUAAUUGAUCAAUAUGGUAAUUAUGUCAUUCAACAUGUUAUGGAACAUGGUGAUCAAGCAGAUAAAGAUCGUAUUGUAUCACAAAUACGUGGUGAUGUUCUUAAAUUUGCCAGACAUAAAUUUGCUUCAAAUGUAAUUGAGAAAUGUUUAACAUGUGGAGGAAAUCAACAAAAAAAUCAAUUGAUUAUUGAAGUUUGUGGAGAUUCUUCAAAUACACCACUUCUUGAGAUGAUGAAAGAUCCAUAUGCUAAUUAUGUUGUUCAAAAAAUGUUGGAUGUUGCUGAUAGUGCACAAAGAAGAAGAAUGAUGAUAGCAAUAAAACCACACAUAAUAUCUCUUAGAAAAUAUAAUUAUGGGAAACAUAUAAUUACAAAACUUGAAAAAUACUUUCAAAAAAAUAAUCCCAAUAUUCAAGGAGGUUCUCUUUCUCCAAAUGAAAAUGCCCCACUACCAACAAAUGGAAAUUUUCAUGAUUUUGGUACAACAUUUUAA